AUGAGCGACCAAGCUUACGAACAGAGAAUAGCGUCUGCAAUAAAUGAGAUAAAAUCCAAAAUCAGAAAUUCACAAAGUCUAUCAUUAGACCUUGGUGGCAUUCUUGAUGACCAAAACUUAAGAGCUGAUGUUGUUUCAGAUAUGAAAGUGGAAGCAUUUCUUGAGAGACGUAAAAAUGGCCCGAAUCCCACCGACCUCGCAUCGCUGCUAUGGAAGCUCUUUCUCAACUUGCCUGCGCCAGAUCCUCCCAAGAAAUCUCUCUACGUGGACUGUGUGCCUACCUCACUUCCCAAAGGUUCAAUUAGUGCUGCUAUUUACAAAUACUACGAAGAGUUUUCGGUUGACUGGCAACCCCUUCCUGAUGAUUAUUUUGAUAAUUUGAUAGAAACAUUUUCAUUACAUUGUAAUCAAAAUUUAUCAACGUCAAUUUUUCAUCAGGGGAGUGUUCGUGAAGUCGAUGAACUUUACCUGGACUUAACAAGUAGUACAGGGAAGGAUAUUUGGAUGCAUUGUGAUAAGAAGGAGGCCAGCAUUGUGUUACAGCUUUGGCAUUUGACGUUGCUCAAAGUGGUGAAGAUCCUUAACAGUCUUGGUGACACAGUUUAUUGCCGUGGUCAAAGAACUAUUAUGGGGCAAGAAAAUCUAUCUUUACGCCCAGACAUUUGUGUUUUUCCAAAUGAACGUGAUGCUGAUGAGAAUGGUCCUGCAUCCAUCAUAAUUGAAGGCAAAAGGCUUGGGUUGCGAAAAUUAAUUGAGGAUAAUGCUCUUGCUAAUAGCUCCUUAGUUCGCCAGGUGGUGGUUAACAUGUUGAACGGUGCUAAUGAUUUCUACAUACUUACCGAUUACUUUGUUCAUAUUAUUUUCAUGCUAGCAGAUCCUGAUCAGGACGCUUUGAAAAAAGGAAAGGAGCCAAACUCCGCAAAGCGGAAAGAACUUCAAGAGAUGAAUGACAGAAUAGCAGAAAUCGAAGCACUUCUUAACGAAACCAAUGGUCACAAAUUCAAGGUAUUCAAUUCAAGAAGAAGGUAUUUAGAAAAGGAAAAAGAGGGGCUUGAAAAAAAGGCUGGGGCCCUCAAGCAACAACUUAUGGAAGUUCCAAUCCCUAUUUUCUACAAGAUUGUAGAAAAUUCAAAUAAGAAAAUCAAUUUGAUUUUGGGAAGUUUGAUACACCACUGUGUGAAUUACACUGCUGAUCAAAAAAAUAGUGCAAGAGAUAAGUCCGAAAAAUACAAGCUGAUAUUCAUGAAAAAGAACGGCUCGGCACAAAAUGUCAAGAACAGAAAUUCAAGGUUCCCCUUCGGAGUAACUAUUAGAUCAAUAGGAUCUGCGGGUGAAGCAAUUUCCGGAAAUACCCGUGGUCAUUACGCCAGUGAUAUCAAGGAGUUACAAGAUGGUAGCUCCCACUUGUCGUUUGUGGCAUCUAUAAACACCGCUGCUUGCCAGAAAAUUUUCCCACAGUUGCCUAAGAUGAAAACCAGGAGUGAGAAAAUUAUCAUAAAAGUGUAUGACGCGGAUUUUCUACUGCAGUAUGCCAGAACUCGAGAAAUUAGAAAACUAGGGUUUUCUUAUGAAGAUAUUUUGAGCAUUGCUGCUGAGCAAUACACCAACGAGGUUUGCUCAUAUAGGCAGAUUGAAGCCUACAAUAACAAUUGCAAGUCACAAGCCAAUACUAUUUUUAGCCCAAAAAUUGUGUUUUGUGGCACACGGGUUAGCUUGUUCGACAAGGCCUCCAUCAAGUUUGGUGGACCUGCAAUAUUUAUGACAGAGAUUCCUGGAGGCGGUAAAAUCACCGAGAAACUGAUGGAGUUUGGAAUUAAUCAAUUGAAGUUAUUGUCGGGUUUAGGUAUCAAUCACGGUGAUAUUAAAAGAGAAAAUUUCAUUGUUACUCCAGACGAAAGAGUUGCUUGGAUAGACUAUGGUAUGGUGAAUGAAUCUUCAACUUUGGAAGGAAAUAUCCAAAAAUUUGUCGAGAUAUGCAAUGAGUACAUAUGA